CGGAGUACGUCCAUAGGCGGCGCGCUAACACAAACGAUGCCCCUCUCCACAGGUCCGCCGAUGACGUCAGACGAUUGACGUUCAUAUGGGACAAUGAGGGACCGGGCGGGGCAACUGGGUAAGACCUGAUUGGCUAAGUGCGGCCGGGGCCCGCCUCCUGGGAGGGAGGCGGGGAGCAGGAGGUGGGGCUUGGGCUGCUGGCGCGGGGUCGGACAAGAUGGAGGCUUUGCAGUGCCUGUCGGGUCCCGAGCAGCUGGAGGACGCGGCCUACGCUGGGGCCCUGCUCCGGGAGCUCAAGUCCUUCUACGACGCGCGGCUGCUGGUAGACGUGACACUGGAGGUGGACGGCGGCAGCCGUUUCCUGUGCAACCGGAAUGUGCUGGCGGCCGCCAGCCCCUACUUCAGGAGCAUGUUCACGGGCGGCCUGUUCGAGAGCAAGCAGCAGAGCGUCACCAUCCACGACGUGGACUCGGACUCGAUGGCGCUCAUCAUCGACUACUGCUACACCGGCCGCGUCACCGUGUGUGAGGCCAGCGUGCAGAAGCUGUACGUGGCGGCCAACAUGCUGCAGCUCGAGUACGUGCGCCAGGCCUGCGCCGCCUUCAUGGCGCGGCGCCUCGACCUCUACAACUGCGCCGGCAUCUUAAAGUUUGCAGAUGCUUUUGACAAUGUGGAACUGAAAGAAAAGGCCCUUGCUUUCAUCGCUCGCAACUUGCAGCACUUGUGCAGAACGGAGGAGUUGUGUGAGCUUUCACUGGAACAGAUCAAAGAGAUCCUAAAACUGGAUACACUGGAUGUUGACAGUGAGAGGAAGGUGUGCACAGUGGCAAUUCAGUGGAUUGAAUCAAAUAUCAGCGAGCGUGCUGCACAUGCACUUGAAGUUUUGAAGUGUGUAAGAUGGCAUCAUUUUAGUGAGAAGGACAGACUAUACAUCGAUACACUUAAAUCUCAGCUGUUUGUCAAAAACAAGUCACUUGUUUCCAUUUUGGAUGACCUUUCUGCUCCCAAAGGUGUUGAUGUGCCCACCAGCAUACAUAACUCUUCAAAAAGGGUAGGAUUUAGUGCUAAGGAGAUGGUUAUAUUUUUUGGCCACCGAAAGGAGCCUUUCCUCUGUUACGAUCCCUAUUCUGGUGACAUUUAUGCAAUGUCUUCACCUUUGACUAGUCCAGCCCUUACAAAGUCCAUCAGUUCGCUUGCUGUCUGUGUUUCGCCGGAGAAUGACGUCUUUUUGGCAGCACAGCCGAGUAAACAACUCUGGGUAUAUAAUGCAGUUCAGAAUAGCUGGCAACAACUUGCGGAACGACUGCUGGCAAGAGAAGGGAUGGAUGUUGCCUAUUUGAACGGUUACAUUUACAUCCUCGGCGGUCGAGACCCAUCUACAGGCCUGAAGGUUAAAGAGGUUGAGUGUUACAGUAUUCAAAGAAACCAAUGGAUUUUUGUGGCACCCUUGCCUCAUGCAUUGCACUCAUUUGAGCUGAUUACAGUUGGAGACUGCUUGUAUGCAGUCAAUAAUAAGAGGAUGUUAUGUUAUGUGCCAGAGAGGAAUCAGUGGCUGAACUGUGCUUCCUUAAAACGGAGUGAGUUCCAGGAAGCUUGUGUUUACAAUGAUGAAAUUUACUGUAUUUGUGACAUCCCAGUCAUAAAAGUUUACAACCCUUCAAAGGGUGAGUGGCGAAAGAUCAGUGAUAUCCCCAUCGAUGCCAACAUUCACAAUUUUCAGAUUGUUUGUCACGGCAACAAGCUGCUUCUCAUAACCACCAUAGUGCCACAGUGGAGGAAGAACAGAGUUACUGUUCAUCAGUAUGAUGCAAACAGUGAUCAGUGGGUCAACAUUGGUACAAUGUUGGGUUUGCUACACUAUGACAGUGACUUCAUAUGCCUUUCAGCACGUCUGUACCCUUCAUGCUUGGAGCCCGGGCAGAGUUUUAUUAGUGAGGAGGAUGAUAUCCGGAGCGAGUCAAGUGCAGACUGGGACUUUGAAGGCUCAAGUGAUAUUGACUCAGAGUCGGGGAGUUCAAGUUCAUUUUCAGAUGAUGAUUGGCAGCCACCAGGAGGACUAAGAGUUGAAAGAAUACAGCAAAAUGGCCAUUCAGUUCCUCCAGAUAAUAGAGUUCCUCAUAUGAAUGGCCAGAUUGGAAACUAACCAGCUCUAUUUUAAAUGUUCAUUAAUGGUGGGGUGGGGGAGGGGGGGGUGGGAAAUGAAGUCAAAAAUAGUGAAAGGUAACUAGUAUUUUUUUUGGAUUGUUGCAGAUAUGGUAGUUUUUGGCAAAUACAGACGGUUAUAUUUUUUGCGGUACAUGUUAGUGUCUUUGAAAGAACUGGAAAAAUAAAAAAUUGCAUUGAAAUUGAUUUUUCUUAUCGGCAGGUACGCCAUGAAUUUGUUCUGCCUCCUGCUCUGGUCCUUUUCAAGUGCGCUGCACCAUUUUAAAAAUGAUGAGUUUGGUGGGUGGGGGGUGGUGGUUAACCAUGUUCAGAAUUGUUCUUGGUAAAAGCGGAGGUCUGAGGUUACUUGUCGUAGAUCUUUGCUUUUACAUUGCACACCUAUCUGUGAUGCUUAAUCUUGGAGAUAUUGCAUGAUAAAUGCACUCAAGUUGGUGAAUCCAUGAAGAAUUAGUAAUGCAGCAGCAAACUUGCAACUGUAAUGGCCUGUGGCCUUUUUGUAAAGAAGUAUGGGAUUACUUCAACUCUUUGGGGGGAAUAAACAGCUCUAGUUUAUUUAAGGUGAAUCGUCUUUCAAGAAUAAGAGCAAUCCAGAAUUUUAUCCUCAUGUUUCAUUUGGGUAAUUUGUUGACUUUAAUGAAAUCAAGUAACUCAGCAAGUUCAUGAUGUUUUUCAGAUUGCUAGUAAGUAGUGGAAGUAAGUAGUCAUGUUCUGUAUCUCCUUGGUAGAACCCAAUUACAUUUGGUGUAAAUCCUCAAGUAAAAGAAAAACUGGACAUUGAAACCUUGAGUAGCAUUUGCCUUUUGAGAAGUGUGUCAGCAUGUUGAAGUCUUUCACAUAUAUUUGUAUAAAUUUGUUAUUUGUUGUAUUGAUUUUUUUCUGAAAAUAACAAGCUGAAAGGUAAGCAGUAAAAUUGAGGCUCUUUUGAGCCUGACUACAUGAAUUGCAUCAAAAGUAGAGAUCUAGCUAAAGGGAAACUACAUAGUUUUCAGUAUAAGAGGCUGUUUGACCCUUUUGUGUCUGCUUGCUUCUGGCAGGGGAAAUCCAAAAAAACACAUAUUUCUGUCUCAUGCUGAUCACCCCAUUCCCAGCUCUUUUUAUUUGCUGAACAAGUGCAUUGGUUUUAAUCACCAGAGAGUUUUGUCAGGCAAGAGAUUAAGGCAGGAAAGUAAGAUUAACCAUGGUAUAUUUCAAUGGCAGCACAGGUCUGAGCAACAGAAUGGUCUACUUUCUCAAUUUGAAGCUUUUCAUAGCUGAAAGACCCGUGUAAAUAACUUAGUGAAACCUAUUCAUUCUGACUAUUUUACAUUUUCUAAUGUUGUGCUGAAACUGGUAGACGCAGACUAGAAUAAAGAAUGGCACAGCAUCCAGUUAAAAAGAACAAAAUUUGGAUCAGGAGUAGCUGUUAUUUCACAUCUGCUUCAGAAUGAUCCCUGUCUUUUUUGGCUCUGUGAUGCAUAUUUCUCUUUUCAUUUUAUACCAUCAUGAGAGCAUGAUUCACACCUUCAGCCUCUAAAGGAGAUCUUUUGUUUCAAGCACAUUAUUUUCUUAGUUUAAAAACAUUUGAUAGAGCAAUUUGAAUUAAACAGCUUAAAUCUAACACAUUUAAAUUAGAACUAACUUGUUGAGUUCAUAAUGUUUCCUGUUCCUGCCUUGAGAGUUCAGUCAUUUUAAAAAUAUCUUUUUAUAAUAGGCAAAUGGAAUGAGGUAUUUCAAAUGGACAUUUUCAAUCCUUUUAAAUUAAAAAGCACUAUUGCACAUAGAAUUCCAUUUUUUUAAAGUGCAAAGAACUUUGGAAACUUAGAAAUUAAUCCUCAAGCCUCUGCAGCAACUUUUAUUAAUGUAAUGCCUUUCACAUGGUAAAAUAUACCUUAGUAGUGUAUUUUAGUAGUUUGCCUAAAGGGAUGUUUGGUCAGAGGAAUGGGGUUUAGGUGGGGGGUGGUUAGAUGAGUUUGAGAGGGAUUUUCAUAGCUUAAGGCUUUGGCAGCUGAAGUCAUUGCCUGAGUAGACUUGACCUUCAUCUCAAUAUUAAGCUGUGUAUAGAGAUUUUUUUUCCAUUUCUUCACUUGAAUAAUACAUGCCUAAUAUAAGACACUUAAGUUAUUCCAAGGAAUAUCUCUUUAGUUCAUCUCAAUAUUUUAAAUAGGGUGAGUUUUAAGAGACGUUAUGACUUUCAACUAAAUGAUGCACGUUUGUACACAGUCUUUGCUGAGAUUGCUUCAGUGUGGAGGUUUAAUACUUGCUUUUGCUAUUGGAAGUAUUUUUCAAUGGAAAUUGGCAGCAGAACAGAUUGUUCAGAUUUAAACGCUGUUUAGGAAGCAAAUGCUUUUCAAGCCAUGACGCACAGUUUGAUAUUAAAAUGGCCUAUUAUAUAUGAUAGCUAAUCCAUAGAAGUUCAUGCUUAAUUGUACUAUUAUUGCUAUAUUUAAUAAAUGAUUAUCUUUUUUGCUUGUCCAAGAUGAAAACUGUCAGAGACACAGUGGUUUUUCUGUGAGCCCAUAGGCAGGGAGAAGGUCCUUCCCAUUCCACUAUUGCUCAUAAUAAUCCAUCUGUAUACAAUUUUCGGCAUUGGUCUUUGAAUAUUGAUCAUUUGUACUGAAUGGAACUGCAAGUUUUUAAAUGGUAUGAUACUGGGUAAUAUUCAUG